CUGCUCGCAUCAAAAUUUUGUUGUUUUGUCCCAAAUACUUGUUUUUUUUUUUUGGCUUCUAAAGACCGUUGACUUCUCGAAUUAAUCAUGUGCUGUGGACCUUGUGGAUCGUGCUGCGGAUAUUACUGCUGUGGUCCCUGCUGUGGACCUUGUGGACCCCGAUGUGGGCCGUGCGGAUCCUGCUGUGGACCCUGUGGACCCUGUGGACCUUGUUGCGGACCAUUUGGCAGUUGUUGCGGUGGCUGUUGGUGCUAAAUGCUCGCAAUUGGCAGCCGAAUCGAUUUGUGAAACCAUACCACAAUCCCACCAUGGUUAAACUAACACCUGAAAGUUAAAAGCCACAAAUAUAUAUAUAUGUAUCUU